CCCUGGUGUUUUGCAAUAACUGUAAAUCAGAGGGAGGAAACCUAACAACAGAGCUGCAGUAAGAAGAGGAGCAACACUGGAAAGAGGAGAGCUUCAACGUCACACUCCAGAAAUGAAAGUUAAAUUUGUCAGAGUGUCAGCCACGCUGCAGUCGAGACAAGUCUCUGUUUCUCUCUGAAAGAAAAGUCAAACUGACUUCAUCAGGUCUUUCUCAACAACACAGCAGAGUCUCUGCCAAACACUGAUAUGGCUGCUGCAAACUAUCUGCCAUCUGAAGAUCAGUUUCUGUGCUCCAUCUGUCUGGAUGUGUUCACUGAUCCUGUCACCACAUCAUGUGGUCACAACUUCUGCAAAAACUGCAUCAAUGAACACUGGAAUACUAAUGACCAGUACCUGUGUCCGAUGUGUAAAAGGGUUUUCAACACAAAACCUGAGCUGCUCAUCAACACUUUCAUCUCUGAGAUGGUUGCUCAGUUCAGACAGUCAGCUCAACAGAAAGCCAGCAGCAGCAGCUCAGAGCAACAAGUGUCCAAACCAGGAGAAGUUCCCUGUGACGUCUGCACUGGAACCAAACUGAAGGCCCUGAAGUCCUGCCUGGUGUGUCUGGCCUCCUACUGUGAGACUCACCUGGAGCCUCAUCUGACCAUGUCAGGUCUGAAAAGACAUCAGCUGAUCGACCCUGUGGAGAACCUGGAAGGCAGGAUGUGUACGAAGCACGAUAAACCUCUGGAGCUGUUCUGUAAGACCGACCAGACAUGUGUCUGCAUGCUCUGCACUGUUUUAGACCACAAGACGCAUGAUGUUGUUCCUCUGAAAGAAGAAUAUGAAGAAAAGAAGGCAGAGCUGGAGAAGACAGAGGCUGAAAUUCAGCAGAUGAUCCAGAAGAGACGACUGAAGAUUCAGGAGAUCAAACACUCAGUCGACCUCAGUGAGGAAGAUGCAGACAGAGAGAUAGCAGAAGGUGUUCAGGUCUUCACUUCUCUGAAGGAGUCUGUUGAGAGAGGCCUGAAGGAGCUCAUCAACACGAUCAAAGAGAAGCAGAAAACAACAGAAAAACAGGCUGAAGCUUUCAUCAAAGAGCUGGAACAGGAAAUCUCUGAGCUGAUGAAGAGAAGCACUGAGGUGGAGCAGGUGUUACGCUCUGAAGACCACCUCCAUCUUCUCCAGAGUGUCCAGUCCCUAAACAUCCAACAACCUCCACCCACCAAGGACUGGACAGAGGUCAGCGUCCGUCCAUCAUAUGAGGGGACUGUGGUGAAAGCUGUGGUUCAGCUGGAGGAGACACUCAGUAAAGAGAUGAAGAAGCUGGUUGAGUCUGAGCUGAAGAGGGUCCAGCAGUAUGCAGUGGAUGUGACUCUUGAUCCUGAUACAGCACAUCCUAAACUCAUCCUGUCUGAUGAUGGGAAACAAGUAAAUCAUGGUGAUGUGAGGAAGAAUCUCCCAGACAACCCAGAGAGAUUUUAUCUCAAUCCCUGCGUUUUAGGAAAGCAGAGUUUCACUUCAGGCAGAUUUUACUUUGAGGUUCAAGUUAAAGGAAAGACUGAAUGGGCUUUAGGAGUGGCCAGAGAGUCGAUCAACAGGAAGGGACAAAUAAAACUGAGCCCUGAGGAUGGUUACUGGACUAUAGUGUUGAUAAAUGGAAAUGAGUACGGAGCUCUUGAUGACCCUGGUGUCCUUCUCUCUCUGAAGUCUCCUCCUCAGAAGGUGGGGGUGUUUGUGGAUUAUGAGGAGGGUCUGGUCUCCUUUUAUGACGUAGAUGCUGCAGCUCUUAUCUACUCCUUUACUGGCUGCUCCUUCACUGAGAAACUCUUCCCAUACUUCUAUACUGGUAUUAAUUAUGAUGGUAAAAACUCUGCCCCUCUGAUCAUCUCUCCUGUCAGAGUAAACUAAUCACUCAUCUUAUUUCAUGUAUUGAUAUAUUUCUAUUCAAGGGAAAAAAAUUACAUUUUAUAGUUUACAUCUUAUUUGUUUACAGAAUCUGUUUCCUACGGAGAUUGAUUUACACUUCAUUGUUUUGAUUAUUAUAUGCUUCCCAUUACACAGGCAACAAAUUAAUUUGAUGCAUUCAUCUCUUCAACUCUGCAUCAUAACAGAAUUUCUAUUUAAACCCACAAACAUUUUUUUUCACUUUCAAAGAAUCACUGUGGCCGGGUUGGCUCAGUGGGUAGAGCAGGCGCACAUAAACUUGGAGGUUUAUGCCU